AUGCCGCGCUCCUUCCUGGUAAAGAAGAUCAAAGGGGACGGCUUCCAGUGCAGCGGGGUGCCGGCCCCCACCUACCACCCCUUGGAGACCGCCUACGUGCUGCCUGGCGCCCGGGGGCCACCCGGGGACAACGGUUACGCCCCGCACUGCCUGCCGCCCAGCAGCUACGAUGCGGACCAGAAGCCCGGCCUGGAGCUGGCGCCGGCCGAGCCCGCCUACCCGCCGGCGGCGCCGGAGGAGUACAGCGACCCCGAGAGCCCGCAGUCCAGCCUGUCGGCGCGCUACUUCCGCGGGGAGGCGGCCGUGACCGACAGCUACUCCAUGGACGCCUUCUUCAUCUCGGACGGGCGCUCGCGGCGGCGGCGCGGCGCGGGCGGCGGGGACGCGGGCGGCGCGGGGGACGCCGGGAGCGCCGGGGGGCGCGCGGGGCGCGCGGGGGCGCCGGCGGGCGGCGGGCACCGGCACGCGUGCGCCGAGUGCGGCAAGACGUACGCCACGUCGUCGAACCUGAGCCGCCACAAGCAGACGCACCGCAGCCUGGACAGCCAGCUGGCGCGCAAGUGCCCGACGUGCGGCAAGGCGUACGUGUCCAUGCCCGCUCUGGCCAUGCACGUGCUCACGCACAACCUGCGCCACAAGUGCGGCGUGUGCGGCAAGGCCUUCUCGCGGCCCUGGCUGCUGCAGGGCCACAUGCGCUCGCACACGGGCGAGAAGCCGUUCGGCUGCGCGCACUGCGGCAAGGCCUUCGCCGACCGCUCCAACCUGCGCGCGCACAUGCAGACGCACUCGGCCUUCAAGCACUACCGCUGCCGCCAGUGCGACAAGAGCUUCGCGCUCAAGUCCUACCUCCACAAGCACUGCGAGGCCGCCUGCGUCAAGGGGGCCGAGCCGCCCCCGCCGCCGCCCGCCGGCCCCGCCAGCUGAGCCGCCCGCCGCCGCCGCCGCCGCCGCCCUCGGGGCCUCCCACCUCCACCUCCAUCCUCUCCGCGCCCCAACAGCGUUUCCCUGCCCACCCCUCCCCCCUCGUGGGGAACCCCUCCCAGCCCGGAACUUUCUCUCCCGCCCCGAAAACCACCGCUCACCUCUGGCACUGGCUACCCCAGCGCACCCGACCGCAACGUCCUUUCCGCCCCCUGAGACUCGGACCUUGACCCCCUGCUCCCGACUCAGGCACCAGGUCCGCACCUCUCCCGGGCCCCAGAUUUCCUUCCGCCCAGAUCCUGCACCUCUCCCCUCUUUCAGACUUCUCUUCCCACUUCUCAGCUGAGCCUCUCCUAUCGUUCCUCUAUUGGAACCCCAAUCUAAGGCCCAAACCUACCUUUGACUCUCACGUCUGUUGUGGUUUCCUCAUCCACACCGGUACGCAGGCCCUGCAGCUCCCAGACCACAUUCCAACCCCAGACCGUCCUUCUGGCCUCUGCCAGGUCUCGCUGUAUGUGUGCCCAUCUAGGGAUCCAAUCCUCACCCCUCCUGGAGUCCCCGGUAUGUCCCUGAUCUCCUCCAUACCCUGGCCUUAGGUCUAGCCAUUCACAGCCCCCUGUACCAUGCUCACAUACAUCCCCCACCCUCUUCGGUCCCAGGGCCUUCUCAACCGCUCCCACCCCCUACUCUCUCCAGACCCCCUCAUCCUCCCCGCAGUUCUCAUCUUUUUGUGUUCACCUGACCAGGGGCAGACUUGAGGGGCAGUUCAGGCCCUGCCCCCCUAAUGUAGUCCUCCUCUCACCCCAGGACAGCCCCUCCCUGGGCUUCCAGUCUCCAGCUGCCCGCUCCCCAGAUUCUCUGAGCACUUUCCCCCACCCCCAGGACUACAGGUACCCCUCCUUAUUUGUUGGGGGGAGUCUGGGGCACCUCACAAAUGCCCUUCCCCCUGUCUGGCUGGGCCUCUCCAGUUAUUUAUUUGUGUAUUUAUUUAUUUAUCUAUUUAUUGUUAUAUUUAAUCUCUUGGCCUCACCCAGGGAUGGUCUGGCUUCCCCAGCUGGACUGGGAGGUCAGGGAGCCAGGCAAGGAGAGAGACAGCAACGGCCAUAGAAAGCUGUUCCCCACCCCACCCCCCACUCACACCCCCUCUUGGGGAGUGACGGAGAAGCCUCACCCUCCUCAGAGCCUGAACUCUGGGGAGGGGGCACGAGAAUGAGAGGGAUAGCCUGCUUACCCUCAAGGGGGGGUGGGGUGGGGUGGGUGGCGGUGAGGGGUAUCAGGAGAUCCAGUCAUGGGGCAGGUCCCCACCCUCCUGAGCCUUCCACUCCCACUCCAGGGAGACCGGAGAGAGGAGCCUCCUCGAUUUGUUUCCUAUUUAUUCCUCUUCUCAAGGGACCCCAGGUUCCAGGGACCGACUGAGCCCCGGACCCCGCUGGGGCCUCCGGCCUGCUCCGCUCCCGGGAGGAGCGCUCCCUCCCGGCCACGUCUAUGCAACUCUCCCGGGCAGAGGGGCCGCCACUACCUCCCCCGCCGCGCUUUCGCAUGCCCGGGCGAGGACCGAAGCACACACCUCCACGCUCACGGGCCCUGGCCCCCCCUGCUUUAAGCACACGCCUCUGCCCCAUCACUAGGCGCCCAGUUCUGGGGGCAGGAGUCCUGGACUCUCCGACCCCUCCCUCUUUCCUCCCAGCCACAGAGGAGGGUGGAGACUGGAGGGGCCCCUGGAGCAGGGGCCCUUCUCUAGGGAGGGCUUCUCAGCUCCAGGCCCACCUGGGAAGGGAGGCAGCAGGGAUGGGGGGAGGGAGAGGGGUCGCAGAAGCAAUUACGGAGGGUGUUGACCCUGUAAAUAGGAACUUCUGACAGCAAUAAUUUUCCAUGCAUGCUAAGCCUUUUGGCCAUAUUUUGUAUGAGCGCUUGGCGCUCCCCCUCCCUCCUCCUCCCCCAUCUCGCACCCCAGACCCCCCUCCCUUCCUCACCUCCGGCAGUAUUACUUGUAACGCAAUUCAGGGAUAUUAAAGGGACUUUGGCCACUCACCAGCGCCUCUAGACCUUGUGAUUGGGGGUGGGGUGUGGGCAGAGGAGGCAUCUGAGAGGCAGCUGGAUUUUUUUCUCUUUUUACAUUUUU